AUGGCACCUCGACGCGGUAGCGGAGGCUUUUCGUACGGCGGCGACAAUCCUUGGAACGAUGAGGUUUUGCUGUCACUAGAUCGGUAUUCUGGGAGUUACAAGACUUACUUUUUCGUACGCUUUGCCUUUGAUGCUCUCUCCCUCCUUGCCUUUGUCAUAUUCCUCAUCUGGGCAUGCACAAUCCGGAAGCGAACUCUGCCAAAGAAGACAAUCAUUUUUGCGCUCCUUUCUUUUAUCUGCUCCGAAGUGGUACAUAUCGUCUGGGGCGCCCUUUAUAUCGCCGAUGCGGAGGUGACAAGGUACUACUUGAUCACCCUGAUGCUCUGGAACUUUUUCCUCAUUUUUGGAAUUUGUCUCACCUUCCAUGUCUUCUGGAAACUCAUCCACGAAUUCCUGGGCCGUCUUACGCAUUCUAGCAAGCCCUCUUCAGGUCUUGUUACCCUACACGGGACCUUCUAUUUCCUUGCUCUUCUGCUUGGUUUUGCCCAAGUUGCUUUGUAUAUUUCGGCGGUCGUGUAUGCAGUGAUCAGUCGAUACAGCAAUACUGCAUACAUCUGGUCACAACUGAAAGGUGCCAUGUACAUCGUCUAUUGGGUGCUGUCCAUGGAGAUCCUCGGCUUCAUGAUUUACGUGGUGGUCAAGGCUGGCAACCAUCGUUUCGUGUCGAAGCUGCCCGCUAUCGCACUCAUUAACGCCGCUGUCUGCUGGUUCGCCAUCUGCUUCGCGUGGGCCAUCAUAAAUAUCCAGCACGGCAUCAUACAAACCAUAGCUUGGCCAGUAUAUCUGGACGCCGUCCAAGCCAUUGUCCAGUUCAUUUUCUCAGUCGGCACUUUCACGGGCAUUCUACUGUGCUGUUCGAAAUGGCAUAGGCUCGGCGAUGGCCUGGAGACGUUCACUGUGGCUCCAUACCCACCUGCAUCUCCGCAGUACCCGUCUGGCGAUUACCCUCCUACCCAAUUCCAAUCUCGGUUACCGGAUGAAUAUUCUCAAGAAGUAUAUCCUCCGACUCAACAGCAGCCAUAUGGUGCUGCUCCUUACCGGGAUUAUUCGAACCAACCGACUCAUUACCAGACCCAUCGAGCCCCCUCGCCUAUGUAA